UCAUCAAUGGCAGUCACAUUUUCCUUAGCCACUGCUGCCGGAGUUCUGACCGGAGGUUUCCUUAUUAUGGUGCUCGUAACUGCCACUUUCUUCUUCCUUCUCUUCCAUUCACAAAAUCCCAAUGAGCAUGGAAAAGAUAGUGGUCGUGGUGGUAACGGCGGUGGUGGUAGUUUACCACCUGGUCCGGCCACCUUACCAAUCGUUGGAAGCCUUCCGAUGAUGCUUUGGAGGAAGCCACAUUUCAGGUGGGUCCUUCGAAAAGCCGAAGGCAAAGAUAUUACUUGCAUUCGGCUAGGAAAUGUUCAUGUUAUAGUAGUUAACUCACCGGAGCUUGCCAGAGAGUUUUUAAAGAAGAAUGAUGCCAUCUUCGCCUCUCGGCCGAAAACAAUGGCUACCGAAUACUCUGGUAGGGGUUUCCUCUCCGUCGUCUUCACUCCAUGGGGUGAUCAAUGGAAGAAGAUGCGGCGCGUGAUUGUCUCACACGUAGUCAACCAUCAACAAUUCCAAAAGAUGUCGAAAAUGCGUGUCGAAGAGGCUGAUAACCUUGUUUGGUACAUUCAACAUCAAAGCAAAGCCGGAGAAGAGAUUAAUCUCCGA